CUCCGCAGCCUUGGGGGGGAAUGGAUAUUCGGAGCCAUCAACGUUUGACAUAAUCCAUUAACAACCAACACAAAUUCACAACUACCAAAACCGUGACGAUUAAAACGACGGCCAAAGACGAAGAAAACGAUACUUACUGCAUUCCCCGACGAGCAUUGUGACCAUUCGACCGGUCAGUGGGGAAACAUUACUGCAGUAAAGGCGGACCAAACCAACACCCAUCCAAUAUCAAGCUUGACCACCCCUCUCCACACCACAUUCGCCCUCACAAUGCCGUCCACGACGGCAGAAACGCUGUCGCUUGUGACACGCAACGUCUCCGUUGCCCCUCUUGUCCUCCUCUCAGUCGUCGACCACUACAACCGCGAAUCCGCAAACCAGACCAAGAACAAGCGAGUAGUCGGCGUACUAUUAGGCCAGAACGAUGGCAAGAAUGUACGGGUAUCCAACAGCUUUGCAGUUCCCUUCGAGGAGGAUGAAAAGAACCCUUCAGUUUGGUUCUUGGAUCACAACUACGUCGAAAGCAUGAACGACAUGUUCAAAAAGGUCAACGCGCGCGAAAAGCUGAUAGGAUGGUACCACUCUGGACCCAAGCUGCGCGCCUCUGACCUCGAGAUCAACGAACUGUUCAAGCGCUACACACCGAACCCACUAUUGGUCAUUAUUGAUGUCCAGCCGAAGGAGGCCGGCGUUCCUACAGAUGCGUACUUUGCAGUGGACGAGAUCAAGGAUGACGGCACAGCAACCUCAAGAACCUUUGUCCACACCCCAUCAAUCAUCGAGGCUGAGGAGGCGGAGGAGAUCGGCGUCGAGCACCUCCUGCGCGAUAUCCGUGACGUUGCGGUUGGCACCUUGUCUACGCGCCUCACCAACCAGCUGCAGUCGCUCCAAGGCCUACACCUGAGGCUGCGCGACAUCCAGGCGUACCUGCAAAAGGUGCUGGACGGUGACCUGCCCGUCAACCACGCCAUUCUGGGCAACCUUCAGGACGUCUUCAACCUGCUCCCGAACCUGUCGACGCCGAGCGGUGGCAAGGGCAGCGGCGACGGCGGGCUGGAGCAUGCCAUGGCGGUCAAGACCAACGAUCAACUCAUGAGCAUCUACCUCAGCAGCUUGAUCAGGGCCAUCACGGCCUUCCACGAUCUGAUCGAGAACAAGAUCCAGAAUCGGCAGCAGCAGGAGGAGAAGGAGGCGGCUAAGAAGGAGGGCGAGAAGGAUGCCAAGGACGGAAGCGACAAGAAGGAGGACGGCAAGGGUGCCGCCAACGGCGUCAACGGAGACGGUCCUGCCAAGGAGGGCACGUCUGACAAGGACAAGGAGGCUGGGUCCAAGGAUAAGAAGAAAUAGAGAGGGGGAGGUGUUUCCGGAGAUGAAAGAAAUAUAUGGCUAUGCUACGAUAGAAUUGAGUCUCUGGGGCAGGUUUAAUAUGCUUUGGGAAAAUGCAGAACAAAACAAGCACAAAAAAAGUAACGAGAAUCCUGAGACACUUGAAAUUCAUGAGCGUUCGGCGCUAUUUAGAUCAUGGGAGGUUUUUUUUUGGGUGGUUCGAAUGGGUCAUAUAUUG